CACACGGCGCACAUGGUGACCGGGCAGCCUUCAUUUUUACUUUCCCCCUCUUUUUUCCCACCUCCUCCCCAGAACUGACCCCCUGUAAAGACAAAAGAAUAGCAGCUAUCAUGUGGCAGCCCAGCGCUUGUCUUUGCCACAGCAUUUGGUGGAAAAAAAAUAAUAACGCUGCUGCUUCUUCCCACAGCCAUCACUGCUCGCCAGGCCCCGGCUCCCCCGGAUUGGCUCUUUUGGCUCACAUGACCAGGAAUUGGCUGCAAUUUCGUCCCGUAGUUCUUCAGUUUAGCUUACCCUGGUCCCCAUACGCUAGUAAUAUCACCAAUAUACACAAUUAUUAUAUAGCCACCGCAUUUACGCCAUUGCGGUCGGGACCCUGCAAGCUCGUGCGUUUUAUUUUUUUCGUUCUCUUUUGUUUUUUUUAAGAAGCCAUAUUGUGUUGUAUGUGUGUUGCGUGCGCACCGUGCCUUGUGUGUAUGUGUCUUGUUUUUGUGUUUUGUUUUUUUUAUUUUGGGUAAGGGAUUGUUGUGGGGUCUCGCCGUUUGAGGGUGAAACCGGUUUGAGGGAGCUAUGAAUUUUGAAUUCGAGAGGGAGAUCGGUUUUAUAAACAGCCAGCCAUCCCUAGCAGAGUGCCUGACGUCCUUCCCCGCCGCCCUGGAGUCAUUUCAAACUUCAUCAAUCAAGGAGUCGACAGUAAUUCCGCCUCCCUUCGAGCACACCAUCCCCAGCCUCAGCCCCUGCACAGCCAGCCAGCCGAGACCGGCAGCGAGGAGCCAGCAGAACCGGAGAAGCUCCGCCACUAAUGGCCUCCAGACGCACCACCGAGGUGCCCAGCAGCCCGGACCGCUGGGGCAGGCCCCUGCCCCGGUCACGGCGACCCCGGCCGGUCCGAUGGCGCACGAGUUCCCCUGGAUGAAGGAGAAGAAAUCCUCCAAGAAGUGUCCCAAGCCUGGAGGCAGUUCCAGCAGUGGUGGAUCCAUCAUCCCGCCCGCCUCGUCUUCCCCUUCCCCGACUGCCUCCGGGUACGCUUCGGCGGGCAUCGAGUCACCCACAGGUCGGUAUACGUACGCAUGCAGGGAUGCGGGAGCCAGUAUAUACCCGAGUCAGGCGGCUCUGGAUGCUGGAGGAGCCGGGUCCCGCCGCCUGCGCACCGCGUACACGAACACGCAGCUGUUGGAGCUGGAGAAAGAGUUCCACUUCAACAAGUAUCUCUGUCGGCCCAGGAGAGUGGAGAUUGCUGCGCUUUUGGAUCUGACCGAGCGUCAGGUCAAGGUCUGGUUCCAGAACCGGCGGAUGAAACACAAGCGCCAGACGCACCACAAAGACGGCGGUGGAGGUGGCAGUGGAGGAGGCCACGAAUCCAGCGACCCGGGCGGAUUCGAGCCGCUCGAAGGCGCCGAUGCCUCGUCUCCAUAUUCGAGCCAGCCACUGGAGGCAUCUGGAACCGGGGAGGCAACACUGGAGGGGGAGAGGGUCAGCGGUGAUCCAUCUUCGGCCGCCGCCUACGCCAGUGACAGCGGGGACAAUGCGCAGCCCACGCCGGAGGAGGGAGGCCGACUGAGCCGCCCUGAACUCCCACAGCUGCCCGCGGAAUCCGGCACAUCUGACGUCGCUGCGUCCCCGCAUUCGUUCCCCAACACGAACUCCGCCGACAACCCGGGCCUCGUGGAGGCUCUGCCCGCAGCAGCAACAGCGGUGGCGGACUCUUCAUUCUCGGAGCAGCGGGACAUCUCCAUCACCUCCAGCGCCUCCUCUGCUGCUCCUGCCGCCGCCUCAUCAUCGUCAUCCUCCUCCUCCGCGCUGCCCGACCUCACCUUCUUCGCCGGGGACGCGUGUUUGUCUCCCAGCCUGCAGAGCUCACUGGACAGCCCGGUGGAUUUCUCCGAGGAGGACUUCGACCUGUUCACAAGCACACUGUGCACCAUAGACCUGCAGAACCUCAACUUCUGAGGGCAAACGUGACAAAUACAACUUAAAUAUUACAAAUUCAAACUUAAAAAUAGAAACACAAAAAGGAGAGUGUGGACGGCCCGGCCUGUGUGGAUGAACAAUCGGGCGGCGGCGGUGACGAGGACUCUUGUUUUAUAAAUUAAAAAAGCUUCUCGGCAACAUUCCUGACACAAUUCUGAAUGACAAUUAUGUGCGUAUUGAAUUAUACUUUCUGCGGAUAUGAUGUAGAUUUAAAGAUGCAUUAUUAUUUUCUUUUUCGUUUAAAAUAUAAACAUCGAAGGAGUUUUUUUUUUUAAUUGAAACGUGGAUUUUUUUUCCUCCCUGUUCUUUUUUCCUCUCAGAUUUCAGGUAUUUAUUACCUUUUUUUUUUUCUUUUGGUUGACAUUAAUAACCCUUAUCGGUGUUUUUUUGUGUGUGUUCGAGAGUGAGACACUGUUUGUGUGUGUGUGAGAGAGUGUGUGAGCGUGUUUGUGUGUGUGUGUGUGUGUGUGUGUGUUCCUCUAGUCCAUUCUGGUGCAGCUUCAUGAUCCCUUAAUAACUUCUCAGGAACUGUUCACGGAGUCUGUAGGCGCAGAUAAAGCUGGACUGAUUUUUAGAAAAAUCUGAACUGAAGAAUGAAUUCACUCUUUCUCUCUCUUUCGCUCUCUCUCUCUCCCUCUCUGCGAGACAAGAAGAGAGGGACGCCCUGCUGAUGACCCGACUUUUAGACCCUAGUUUAUUUAUUGAGAUUGUUUAAUAGUGAAAAUCGAAAUUAUUUAUUGUAUAUAUAUUUUCAUAGUGGAAUAAUAAUAAUAAAACAUACAAACAUUUA